AUGACAUCGGUAUGUAAAUCGCGUUUUACAGCUAUCGGGACGUCAUCGGAAGUAUGCCUCCAUGAGUGCUAUAAGGAAUACAGGGAAGGCGCUAUCGAGCUUGAUGACAAGCCUUCCGCUACCUUCUGCAUCUCAUUCUUCUACAGCGGAUCUUCAAGAUCGACGUCAUACAUUAUAUCAUUUCAGACAGUCUAUUGGUACACGCUAUCGAUCUUCUACCUCACUGAGAAUGAGACUCACAAGGCGAUGGCGCUCCGCCCACAAAAUGCCGAGUCGAUGUGGAAGCAGCAUUUCGAGAGCAAUUUCGGGAGAAUCCACGCCCUUCGCAACUAUACUGAUCAGCUAGCUCUUCGCUGCUGGGAAAUCGGCGUUGAGGGAGCCAAUUCAGGCUGGGAAAAGCCGCUCUAUCGGAAGAAGGUUCGUAGUUUCAUUGUUACUGUUGAUCGUCUAUGCAGGUACAUAUCAAUGAAGAUAUGA